AUGGGUCAUAUUGAUCUCGCAGACCCCGCACCCUGUUCUAUUGCUGCAUUGCCUGACUCCCAUGUUGCAAUUGAGGCUAUGCCUCUUGUCGCAGCCAACCAGCCAGCACCUCACCCGAUGGUCACCCGAUCCCGCACUGGCACACUCCAUCCCAAAGUUCGCACUGAUGGGACAGUUAGGUAUCCCAUUUCUCAUGCUCUUUUAGCAGCUGUCACUGAUCAGGAACCGACUUGUUUUUCUCAGGCUCAGAAACAUGUUGAAUGGCGCGAUGCCAUGACUGAAGAAAUAAAUGCUCUACUUAAGAAUAAUACUUGGACUCUUGUUCCGUCUACCCCAUCUCAAAAUACGGUCGGCUGUAAGUGGGUCUUUCGGAUCAAACGUACUUCUGAUGGUUGUAUUGAGCGCUACAAAGCCCGUCUUGUUGCCAAGGGUUUUCAUCAACAGCCGGGUAUCGACUACGCUGAAACCUUCAGCCCUGUUGUCAAACCUGCCACCAUCCGCACAGUUCUUACUAUUGCCAUCUCUCGGGGUUGGUCUCUCCGCCAACUCGACGUCAAAAAUGCAUUCCUCCAUGGCAUUCUCCACGAAGAUGUCUACAUGGCUCAACCACCAGGUUUUGUUGACCCCACUCGCCCUAAUUAUGUCUGUAAGCUUCACAAGGCCUUAUAUGGCCUCAAGCAGGCACCCGUGCAUGGAAAUGAUUCCAGGUUUCUUCACCACUUCAUCACUGCAUUGGGUCUUGCCUUUGAUAUUAAGGAUCUUGGUCCGCUUCAUUUCUUUCUGGGCCUCCAAGUUACAACCACAUCAGAUGGCCUUCAUAUCUCACAGCUGAAAUAUGCCCACGACCUCCUGCAGCGUCAUGGCAUGCUCCACUGCAAACCUGCCAACACUCCACUGGCCGCCAAAGUUCCCUUGUCUGCUUCCGACGGAGUGCCCCUGGAGUCUCCUUCUGACUACCGUGAGAUUGUUGGCAGUCUUCAAUACCUGACAUUAACUCGCCCAGACUUAUCCUUCGCGGUCAGCUCCGUUGCUCAGUUCAUGGCUGCCCCUUGCACCUCUCACCUUGUUGCUGCCAAGCGGAUCUUACGGUAUGUCAAAGGCACGCUCGACUUUGGUCUCUCUCUUAGCCCGCAACCUUCCACUGCUCGCCUCAGUGCCUACUCUGAUGCAGAUUGGGCUGGCUGUCCAGAUUCACGUCGGUCUACCAGUGGCUACCUCAUCUACUUGGGCACCAAUAGCCAUACCAUCCCACAGUUCCUACAUCUAACUAAACCAACAGUCGCACCCUUCUUUGGCGCUGCAAUUUCCUUAUGUUUUUCAUACAAGUAUUGCUUUCUAUACAAAUCAUAUUGA